UUUUCCUUUUUCUUUUCAUUACCUUCUCUGCUUCCACACCACAUAACAACAAAACAGAUUUUCUUCGAUUUGUUGAUCUGCUUUUUGGGUCUCGAUCUUUGUCUUAAAUGGGCACUCGAGAUCACAGAAAGAUAACAGCUUUGGGGAGAGAGUGAUCUGAUGGGCAAUUCUUGAGAUGGGUUUUUAGUUUUUUUAUUUUUUUUCGUAAAGAGAAGAUGCUGGGGAGUGAGUGAUAGUUAAAAUAAUUUUGUGGUUGUAAUCAAAGUUUGAAGCUUUGUUAAAGUUUUAAUUGAUUUGUUUGGAUUUGAUAUGGGUGGGUGUUUUCCUUGUUUGGGAUCAUCCAGUAACGAGGAAGCUGCUAGUGGUGUAGUGAAGGAACUGAACAAGGAGUCAACUAAAGAUGGCUCAAUUUCUCAGCUUCAUCCUGUUAAUAGAGCUAGUUCAGACAAGUCAAAAUAUCGGAGUGCUGCUGACACUAAGAAGGAACUAGUAGUUCCUAAGGAACCAACUGCACAUAUUGCGGCACAAACAUUUGCCUUUAGAGAGCUUGCUGCUGCCACUAAGAACUUUAGACCAGAAUGUCUAUUGGGUGAAGGCGGUUUUGGACGUGUUUACAAGGGCCGCUUGGAAAGCACAGGACAGGUAGUUGCUGUCAAACAGCUUGACCGAAAUGGUCUUCAAGGAAAUAGAGAAUUUCUGGUGGAAGUUCUCAUGCUUAGCCUCUUACACCACUCUAACCUUGUCAAUUUGAUUGGUUAUUGUGCGGAUGGGGACCAACGACUACUUGUUUAUGAAUUCAUGCCCUUGGGAUCAUUGGAAGAUCAUUUACAUGAUCUCCCACCAAACAAAGAGCCAUUGGACUGGAAUACACGGAUGAAGAUUGCGGCUGGUGCAGCGAAGGGGUUAGAAUACCUACAUGAUAAAGCGAACCCACCUGUUAUAUAUAGGGAUUUAAAAUCAUCAAAUAUUCUACUUGAUGAGGGCUAUCACCCCAAGUUAUCUGAUUUUGGGCUUGCUAAGUUGGGCCCUGUUGGUGACAAAACCCAUGUAUCCACUCGAGUGAUGGGUACAUAUGGUUAUUGUGCACCAGAAUAUGCUAUGACUGGCCAACUCACUUUAAAGUCUGAUGUGUACAGUUUUGGAGUUGUGUUUCUUGAGUUGAUCACAGGGCGCAAGGCUAUUGAUAAUACACGGGCUCAUGGGGAGCAUAAUCUUGUUGCUUGGGCACGACCACUCUUCAAGGAUCGCAGGAAGUUUCCCAAGAUGGCUGACCCUCUAUUGCAAGGUCGCUACCCAAUGCGAGGACUUUACCAAGCUCUUGCAGUUGCAGCCAUGUGUUUGCAGGAGCAAGCUGCUACAAGACCUCUUAUUGGUGAUGUGGUGACUGCACUUACAUAUUUAGCGUCCCAAACCUAUGACCCAAAUUCAGCCAGCAAUCUGAGUAUCAGAGUUGGUCCAUCUACUCCUAGAAAUAGGGAUGACAGAAGGAAUAUGGGAGAUGGGCUAGAUAGCCCAGAUGAGCAUGGACGUGUUGGGAGGCACAGUUCACCUUCCACCCAUAAAAAUUCUCCUGAUUACAGGAAGAGGGAGCAUGUUAGGGAAUUGAGUAACGGUGUAGACUUGGGCAGAAAUGAGGCUGGUGGUGGAUCGGGGAGAAAAUGGGUUGUGGAGGAUUUAGGGCAACAGGAAUCUCAGAGAGACAGCCCUGGAAGCACUGGGAGAGCAAGGGAAACUCCAAGAAACCGUGAUUUAGAUAGAGAGCGAGCUGUGGCAGAGGCAAAAGUAUGGGGUGAGAACUGGAGGGAGAAAAAGCGGGCUAAUGCAAUGGGGAGCUUUGAUGGUACAAAUGAGUAAUAGCAACAGAAAGUCGAUCUUGUAGGGAAGAAAUGGUAUAUCAUUUCUCAGGGUCAUGAAAAGGAAAACUUGCAAAUACACCAUCUGGGUUUCCAUUUCCACCCACAGAAUUGGAGGGGUUGAUACGUGUAUCCAACUUUGACUGUUGUUGCUUGUCCUAUGCUAUGCUAUGCUAUGUCACACUAGUUGUUUUGAAUGCGAAACUGAUUGCUUCAAUUGUGCAGUUGAAGGAGAGACAGUUAAAGAGGGAAUUGGAAAUAGGAGUUACUGUGAUUUCAUCUGAGAAUUACAGGGAAUGAUGUAUGGAGCAUGUUAAUUUAUGUAUUUAGAGCUUUUUUUCUCAAGUUGAUGUUACAGGAAAUGUGGGAAGAUGUCCAAAUUUUUGCCCACAUAUUAUUGUCUGUAAGCGGGGAGACUUGGUGGUUUUGGUGUGAAUGUCUAAAUUGGUGUUACAACUUGUCCUGUGUACGGAUUUCUGAGUCUGUCAUAUGCUUUCGGCUGGCUUGUACAAAAAACGUUUCAAUUUACUUUUGUAACUCCAUACCAUUUCUUCAUUCAA